AUGUAUACUUCAGCAUCCACUCUCAUCACCGUCGCCUCGUUCGGACUCCUUGCGCGAGCCCUGCCCACCGCUCGCUCGCGCAACGAAGUUCCAAUAACGUUCUACGCGGCCGGUGGGGUACAGCUCACCCAGAGCUUUUCCACCGAUGGAGCUCCUAUCGCCAUCAACAACGGACUGAGCAUCUCCCGUAUCUCAUCCAGCACUGAAGGCGUUACCUGUGUCUUCAGCGGCAUAGACCACAGCAGCACCACUGUCCCCGGCGCCGCGACAGUGGACGUCGGGCCACCGCAGGUGCAAACCCAGGGCUACUGCUUUGUGAGCUACGCUCCAUCACCGGACUCAGCGAGCUCGUGGGUGCCGUCACCAUCCGCCACUCCGCCGACUCUGAUUCAGCCCGAUGACGCGUGGACAAUCUGGGUUCAGCCGACGGAGACCCCGUCAGUCUUGCGUCGGUCUAGGCAGGAUCUGCCGGCCCCGGGAGCGGGCUCUGGUGAUGCGCCAGAACUGGGGUCCGAGGAUCCAGCUACCCCCGCUCAGCAGCUGGAUGAGCCAUCCACCACGAUUCCCCCUUCUGGCGAGGUUACUGCACCGCCUGUUAUUGCUCAGGAACCGGUCAUCACGGAUCCGCUUCCUGGUAGCUCGACUGCGCCGUUGACGUCUUCGUGUUCAACAACCCCUUCCACUGUGGUUACCUGCACCACGACCCCACCGCCUGUAACAUCAUCAACUAUGACCCCAUGCCAUGAGUGCGAAUCUAUCACAACAUCGUCGCCUGUGACGUCCUGCACUACCAGCCCCUCUCCCGUGACGUCCUGCACCACAACUCCCCCACCUGUAACCUCGUGCACCACGACUCCGUCGCCUGUGGUGCCACCGACUACAACGCCGUGUCAUGAGUGCGAGUCUACUCCUACUCCCUGUGUUGACUGCGACCCGACGCCUACUCCCUGUGAAAACUGCACAGCGACCCCUCCUCCCUGUGAAAACUGCACAGCGACCCCUCCUCCAUGUGAUGAUUGCGAACCGAUCCCUGCUCCAUGUCCCGAGAAGCCUUGCGUCAACAAGACCUGCUCUGAUGACAGCUGCUACAAGGAGCCUGGCCCGGCGAAGCCCUGCCCCAACAGCACUUGCCCUGACGAUGACUGCCCCGAGGGACCCUGCACUGAUCCAUCGCCCACUCCAGUUGAGUGCCCCGACGAUGAGUGCGCCGAGCACCAGCGUCCCCCAUACACCCCAGGGUACCCCUCGGGCGACUACAUCGAGAUCAACUUCAACGGAGAGGUCAACGCCGACUUCGCCGAGUUUACGCAGUAA